AUGUCCUUUACACGUCACGGAAUUUCUCGGCACCCUCAUGUUCUUGCUGUUACCAAUGUCAAAGCCGGAUUCGAAUCGCCUACUAAAAUAUUACUAGACGAAGAGAUUAUUAUACUAAAUGUCUCUACGAAGCCAAAGGCAUUAAAAAAGAUCUGUCAAGGCAGCUUGAGAAAAUUGGGCGACCGAGGACACGAUAUUGAGUUAGUGGAUGACGGUGGGGCUUCACAACAUUGUCUAUAUCGCCUGAGAACAUUUAAAUAG